CGGGCCCUGGCGUUGCUACGGCCGCGCGACCCGGAAGCGGCCGCGGUGCGGCCCCGGCAACCCGCGGCCUCCGCGGCGGCGGCGGCGGCGGCGGCUCCUGCGCGGUGCAGGGAGGGUGUGUGCUCCUGAACAGCCAUGGCAGGAACUAUGGUACGCAUCGGCGACCAGCUCAUCCUGGAAGAAGAUUACGAUGAGACAUACAUUCCCAGUGAGCAAGAAAUCCAGGAUUUUGCAAGGGAGAUCGGGAUUGACCCUGAGAAGGAGCCGGAGCUGAUGUGGCUGGCCAGGGAAGGCAUCGUGGCUCCGCUGCCGCCCGAGUGGAAGCCCUGCCAGGACAUCACCGGUGACAUCUACUACUUCAACUUUGCUAAUGGCCAGUCCACGUGGGACCACCCCUGUGAUGACCACUACCGAGAGCUUGUCAUCCAGGAGCGAGAGAAGCUCUUGGUACAAGGCAAAUUGAAAAAGAAAGAGAAGAAGAAGAAGAAAGAAAAGAAAGACAAGAAAGAGAAGCAGUCGCUGAAGCAGGCCUCAGAAAUGCAGCCCGAGCCAGGGAUUCUUCCUUCAACAUCCUUUUGUCAAAUAUCCUCUGCCACCCUGUCUUCUGGGCAGGAGAGUCCUGAGCUAGAACCAGGUAGCCAGAGUGGCGAUGAAGGCCUCCUUGACAUAGGCCAAGGGAAGACUGCUGGGAGACCGUCAGAUGUAAGCGAUUCAAGCAGACGAUUUGCAGGCAUGUGGCCAAAUAAACUGCAUCCCCUACUUGUAUCAAAGUUCAGCAGAUCUUGCCAGAUCUUAACUGAUGUGGAGAAAAUUUUAGAAAAAGGCCCAUCUUUUAGCAGCUUUGAUGUAGACAUCCAACAAGACCAAGAUACACCCGUGGAACUGCGAGACAGGCUUUGUCUUGACUCCUCUGACUCAGAGUCUGACGAUUUAGAAGUUAGGCCAACAGUGCAGUCUUUCUGCGUGCCAAAGAAAGCCUGUUCGCAAGACUUGGAGAACGUUAAAACUCUUCUAGAGGUCCCUGAAGACAAAAUCCUACUGUUUGGGGAAGAAAAGCUGAAAGAGAAGUGGAAGAUGAAAGAAAUGAUAGGAGAGAGUGUCUGUAGGCCUGGUGACUUGUUAGUCGGAGAGAAAUCUACAGGGCCUGGCGGGGAUGAGGGAAGAAGUCCAGGCUUACUGAGAGACUACGAGCAAGGCCCCCGCCCAGAAUCUGCACGCGCCGAUUUCGUGAUGGACCUCGGUGGGAAAUAUGCCCUCCAGAAGCCUGGUGGUGCUGAAGUACCGGAGAAGGGAGGUGGAGGGACAGAUCAAGCUCCCGGAGUGCGGGAAGAGGAAUUCCCGGAGGACCCGAAGCUUCCUGCCAUGUGUCUCUAUGAGAUAUUUGACUGCCAGGGAAGCAACAGUCCCCGUCAGCACAUGGAAGUGGAGCUGACCCAAACCAGAAAAACUGCUGAGAAUUACAGCAAAAUGGAGUCUUCAGGCGCCCUGCUGGCACCCGUGCAGGCUCCCUUGGGGAAUCUCGCGCCGUUGCGUGGCCUUGUGGACUCUGCUGCUGGCGUCCUUCGUGGCUCGCUGAACUCCGACGUGGCAAGCUCUGCGGACUCCAGUCUCCUGCUCCGAGGAGGACCUCAGCCCGCAGAGACCUGUAAGCCCACCAGCCAGACCAAGAAGCUGCUGGGACUGGUCUGUGACGAGAAGGGUUCCUUAAACACAGUGGCUCUAGAUAAAAGGAGAAGUGAAGAGGAAGAAAGUGAGAAUGAGAGCCUCCGUGGAACUGCAAGACUGUUCAAAAACCUGCACAUGGAUGUCAGUGCCCUGGGAGGCAGCUUUGAAUCCGAGAAGGAGUCUUUAAAAUCAAGACACGCUGGAGAAUGGCAAGAGUCUUCCUUGGAUUCUGACGGUGCGUGCCCUCCGACUCCAGUUAAAGUCCUCCCUGGAGAUGCUGACAGUAGCCUGUCUGGCCAGAACAAAGAGGAGUCUGAUGGUAAACUCGCUGGGAACGAACUACUGGGCAAGAAAGAUGCUGAGGUGGAAGGUGAAGUCUCUGCAGCUGAUGAGUUGCCACAGUCUCUGGGGGAAAGGAGAGCAGCCGGGACAGAUGUGCCCAGCAGUCCCAGGCAACCUAGAGCUGCAUCUCCAGACGCUGGAGCUGCUGAGACAGAUCAGCUGGCAAGCCUGGCUGUCACCGUUGACACUGUGUCUGUUGAUGAAAAGAUUGUAAAUGAAAUAAGGGAAGAAGCAGCUGAUCUGAAAACAGACAGCAGGCUGGAUGCUGGCAAACUCUCAAAGGCAUCCGAGACCAGCGAGUGUGGGGAGGACCUGCCAGUUUCUAACCGUUCAGACCAUGAGCUGAUACAGCCUGUGGACCUGCAUUUCCAGAGUCGGCUUUCUGAGCAGGUACUGGAUGUGGGUAUUCUUUCUCCUGUUUUGGACAGCCCCACAUGCAAGGCACAGGAGCUGGGAGAAGAGGAAAAAGACCAAAGCAAAGCCAGUAUAGAGGAAGAGCAAAGCAAAAGAACAAAAGCUGCUAAGAGCGAGAGGGAUCAAAGUGAAACGUCAGAAGAGAAGUGUGUUGCUUUAGAAAGCCCCAAACAGGAAGAGGCUGUGGCCCUGGCGCCGGAGGAGGGACCGCUGGAUAGCCUAAUCAAUCUGGAGGAGCUUGCUGCCCCACAGAAAGCGCAACCUGAGGAGGAAAUCGAACAGGAGAAGACCUUGAACCAGCCUAAUGAAGAAUCCCUAGAGGAAGUAGCCAAGGAGCUGGAGAAGGAGGUGGAGGAAGCGAAAAUGCGUUUAUUGCAAGCAAAGGAGGAGAAAAUUCAGCAAUUCCAGGAGGAGAUGAGGCAGCAGGAGGAGGAGGAAGCUCAGAAGCUUCAUCAGCAAAAAGAAAAAUCCCUCAGGACUCUGAAAGAGGAUUUGGCAAAGGCUUCCAAAGAGGAAGAGUUGCGGGUGAGAAAGGAAGAAGCUGAGAGACUUUCAAAGCUGCGAGUCCAAAUCACCUCAGAGACUGAGGCAGAGAAGGAGAAGAUAAGGGCAGAGCAAGAGGUCGCACUGCAAAAACUGAGAGAAGAGUGGGAAUCGCUGCAGGUGACAGAGAAGGAGAACCUGGAGGGGAUGAAGAAGGUUAUUUUGGAGAAAAUGAAGUUGGAAAUGGAGGAUGCUCAGCAGAAUGAGAUGGUUGGGCUGGAACAAGAGAAGGAACAGUUCCUGAGGGAGUUCAAGGAGAGAUUAGAAAGGGAAAAAAAGAAGGCCACAGAUGAGCUAGAGAAGCAGUUUGCAGCAGAGCUCCAGCAGCUGAAAUAUGCAGCAGCAGAGAAGCAUCGAAAGGUCAUUUCCAGCCUGCAAACCCAGAUAGCAGAGGCACAGAGGAGUGAGGAGGCUCAGCUGCGUGAAAACUUGCAGAGGGCAGAGCAGAAAGUCCAGCAAAAAGCAUACCAAGUAACAGAAUAUGAACGUGAGCUCAGUGAGCUUUUGAGAGAAAAACGCCAGGGAGUGGAAAAAGACCAUGAGAGGAAAAUGGAGAGAAUGAAAGAGGAGCACCAUGAGGUCCUAGCAAGGAUUCGAGAUCAGUACGAGGAGGAGGAGAGAAAACAAAGAGCGGAGCUGUCUGAGGGCCUGCGAAGUGAGGUGGUGCGCCUCCGACACCUUCAUGAAGUGGAGGUGAAAGCUCUGCAGGCAGAGCUGGAUGAGCGGCUUGCUGAAUUGCAGCAUAGGCACAGGGAGAAGGAGAGAAAACUCCAGGAUUCAGAACAUGAGCUUGAAAUGCGAGCAAAGGCUGUUAAGGCCAAAUCGGUGCAGCUCCUUAACCAGGAGGAGACUCUGAGAAAGAAAAGGCAGCAGCUGCUGGAUGAAGACAGACGGACUGAGCUGGAGAGAGAGGAGGCUGUUUUGGCUUCUCAGCUCCGUCUAGAGGAGAAUAGAAAGGUGCACGUCAGCCUUCUCGACUCCAUCCGGCAACUGCGUAAGUCCCUUGAAGAGCUCCAAGACCAGAAAACUGAGCUGGAGGCCCAGGUGGACUUGUUGCAGACCCGAAGCCAGAGGCUGCAGAAGCGCAUCAGUGAGCUUGAGGCGGCCAUCAGGAGCAAACAGGAGAUUUUGAAAAAACUAGAGGCAGAAGAAACUGAAGAAUCUCCAAGAGGGAAAGCUGAGCUCCAUGUUGAAGACCUGGGAGAAACUAUUCAAGCUCACUCAUCCAGAACGCCUGCUUCCCCACCCUCUGAAAGCCAUGAGGACGACGACUACCAGUUUGAUCACGUCAGGAGCUACAUCUCUGCAGAAGGGAUCUCCAUUAGGAAUGCCAAGGAGUUCCUGGUGCGCCAGACCCGCUCCAUGAGGAAGAGGCACACAGCACUGAAAGCCGCAAAGCAGCAGUGGCGCCAGGACAUGCAGAAAGCACAGGAGGUGGUGCAGGAUCCUGACAGCUCCCAGCUCCUGGAGGGCGUGCGCAGGAACUUGGAAGAGGAAGCAAAGCAGUUGGACAAGAUGAAGUCGGCUAUGCGGAAAGGACAGGUGCUGCUGAAGAAGAAGGAAGAAAAACUCAGCCAGCUGGAGUCGUCGCUGUUGGAGGAGCUUUCAGAUGAAGAUACGCUGAAGAGUGCUGCAUGCAGAAAGAUGGUGACUUUUGAUCUCAGCAACUCUGAGGACACAAACAGCACGUCCAGUGCAGAUGUACAUCAGCAUAAAUUUGAUUUGAGAACCGAUCUGCAGAUUGACCCCCAGCAGGACAAGAUCCAGUACUUGACAGACUCUCUGCACCGCAUCACUAGUGAGCUGAACGGGGUCCUCGGCAUUUUGGGCUCGCUGAACAAUCGCCAGUCUCCGCUCUUCACCUCGACGCAAGUGCCCGUGCAGGUGCCCUGCGACGGCGUCCCUCUUGCUGCCUAUGCCUCCUUGGCAGGAGUGCAGGCGGGUGGCUCCUCGGUGCCCUCCUCCAAGGCGUCUCUGGUCGACCGGUGGGCCUGGAACGCUGGGCUGAGCUCCAGCCGCUCCUUCACAGCUGGACAGUCGGUGGAUAGCACCCUGGCAGAGAAAUGGCACAAGUAUUUCCCGGGUGGGUUACCAUCGCUCAGCGGAAGUUCUGCUUUUCUGGACAGCAAGCUGGGUUACGUACCUGCAGAUGAGCAAAUCCGCCUGUUCCAGCACUCCCAGUUCCGGGGCUCUGAGUCAGAUAAGAUGAGUAUUCAAGGAAUGAUUGAGACCAACAAGAAAUGGCUAGAAGACUUCAAGAGGGAUUCAGAAGUGCCUCUCUUCCCAGGUGCACAGAAGCCCCCCGCCAGCAGCCCCAGCCUACUUCAGCUAGGACUGGAUGAAAACAAGCAGAUUAAAGUGUACCAUUACUGAAAGGUGGGACCUGGCAUUUUCAGCCCUCAGCUGUGGGCGCAGUGCCUGCAGAGAUGGUGGCUGGGGCCCGUGCGGUCUCCCUAAUGAUACGCUGUGUUUCGGUGACGCCCAGCCAUCUCCAUUCUGCCUCCGUGCUGUGCCCUUGAAAUAAAGUCUCUUAGCAAGAGAGCAGAGGAAGGAGGAAGUGAACUUCCCAGGUGGAUUCUUCUAAUCCUGUAAAGUGUCCAAAUAUACUUUAUAGACUGUUUAAUCCAGUGGUGAAAUAUCAGGGCUUCAAUAAAUCAACAGUUCUCUCAUUAGUAUUCUAGCGAUCGUGAGGCAGAGCUGUGAAUCACGGAGGACUGUGAGUAACUGGUCAAGGGGGAGGACGUGAAUCCAGCUGAGACUUUGCUAGAGGAAAUGUAUCAGGAAAGGUGCCCACACUGGUGCCCAACAAAUGCUUCGUGGCAGGUGAGCAGAGACAUCUGGCCUCUGUAGCGCGUGUGAAAGCAGGGGAGAGAGAGCAGCAAAAUGGCUGUAGAAUCUGGGGAUUUCUAGUGGAAAAUGUCUACCAGGUUGUGUGCUCUGGGCCUUGGUUUUGUGAGGCUGGCUGCUAACGUGCAGAUGACGUGCAGAAUGGCGGAUUCUGACUCUCUGGGAAACGUUCUUUUUUGUUGAUGUGGAAGCAAUAGAAAUGAAGCCAAGGGCGGCUUUCGUGGCAGAUGUUCUGGGGAAGACCACCCUGCUUCCGCCUCUUGCAGCAGCGCCAGGCAGAACCGCACAGCGCAGCGCUGCUGGGCGCUCGUCUGGUUCGAUCCCAACGUGCCGACGCAGGGCAGCGAGGGCUAGGGAGCACGGGGCAGUUUCUGCUGCGCAGCCGCUGUUCGGAAGCGCGGCCUGGUGUGAGUGUCGAGAGGAGAUGAAGCCUCACCCGGGUCUUUUCAUAGCCAGGGAUGGGUCCAGAGCUCGGCUCCGCGGCUGGGGUGUCCUCCCACUCCCCCUCCUGCUUUGCUUCCAGGUGUUGUGUCCCGGCACAGCAUCGCAGCAGUCCGUGCUGCGAGCGUGGCCGGGGAAUGUUUACAUGCAAAUAGCAAUAUAUUUUUGAUGAGCAUUUUAAAAAUCUCAAAAGAGUGUCUGUAUUUACAUUUUUUACUGACCUUUUUUAGAACUUUUUAAAUGACUUGGCCGGCCUCUGUCCUAGGGCAGCUUGGCCAUCCGGUCGGGUCCACGUUCUUGGGUCUGACCCCAGGGUUGAGGCCUUUGGGCGGGUCCUCCCACCCUCUGCUUGCUCAGGGAGUGCAGGG